AUGGUUCGUUUAAAUGUUGAUCAAAUGAAUCGUUAUGUUAGUCCAGUAAAUCCAAGUGCUUAUCCAACAUUGAGUAUAAUAUUGCUUGGUAUUGGCAUAUUUGUUAUGUCAUGGUUUUUUGUUUAUGAAACAACUUCAAGUAAAUAUAAUCGUAAUUUCAAAAAAGAAAUAUUAAUUGCCGCAGUAGCUUCAAUAUUUCUUGGAUUCGGUGGUUUAUUUCUAUUGUUAUGGGUGGGUAUUUAUGUAUGA